AGAAAAAAAAAUACUGGAGCGCUCAGACGAUGUUGAGCAUGAAAGCGCAGGUGGAUGUGGUCUGCUGUAAAUCAGUAGGAACUGAUCUGUCCAUGCUGGAUAUUGAGGAUUUCAUCACAGAAAUCUGUCAGCUGAAGAAAGAGGUGGCUUCACUGGAGGCAAAGCUGAGAGAAAGAGGAGACAAACUGAACAGAGAGGAUGUGGAGCAGGUUUCAGUGCGUGUGACUGAUGGGACAGAAGCUCAGGAUUCAGUCUGGAGCGUCAGAGAUCAGAGAUCGAGUAAUGAGGAAGAGCAGAACAAUGAGAAUGGGAAAGAUGAUGAUGGUGACUUUGUUCCUUCAGAUGACAGCGCUAGUUCAUCUUCUGAUGGAGAAACUGGAUCUACAUCUAAAGAGCAAAGGACAGUGACCAACUGUGGAAAAACACUGAGCAAACAGGGUCAUUUAACGAGACAUCAGAGAAAACACACAAAACAGAAUAACUUCACCUGCAAGAUAUGCAACAUCAGUUUUCCUACCUUCAAAGAGAGAACACUUCAUUCAAAAGAGCACAGCGUGAAGAAGGAGUUUCGCUGCGAACAGUGCGGGAAGGAUUUUUUCAACACUCUUUAUAGUAUGAGAGCUCAUAUAAAGACACACGAAGAAAAGUCUCUCCAGUGCAACGAAUGCAACAAGUUUUUCCGCAACAAACGAGAUCUUUCUGUUCAUAAGAGGAUCCACACGGGUGAAAAACCAUAUCAGUGUCCUCACUGCGAGAAGAGCUUCACCCAGGGAUCUAAUCUGAAGACACAUCUACUCAGGCACAGCAAUGAGAAUCCGUAUCAAUGCCCUCACUGCAAGAAGAGCUUCAGCCAGGGAUCUAAUCUGAAGAGACAUCUACUCAUGCACAGCAAUGAGAAUCCAUAUCAGUGCAGUGAAUGUGGAAAACAUUUUAUAAGUUCAGCUUCUCUAAAGUUACACCAAAAAAUGCACUCUGAUGACAAACCAUAUCAGUGUUCACACUGUGAGAAACGUUUCCAUUAUUCGACUCACCGAAAAACCCAUGAGAGGAUUCACACCGGAGAGAAACCGUACCUGUGCUCCGACUGCGGGAAGAGCUUCGCUAGUUCAUUUGCUUUCAAAGUUCAUCAGAGAAUUCACACAGGAGAAAGACCGUAUCCCUGUAGUGAUUGUGGGAAGAGUUUUUAUAAGCUAAGUGACUUAAAAGUGCACCGGAGGACUCAUACAAGAGAAAAACCUUUUAAAUGCUCACUUUGUGACAAGACUUUCGCUAUAUCAACUUCCCUGAAGAUCCAUGAACGAAUGCAUACAGGAGAGAAACCUUACUGCUGCUCCAUCUGCGGCGAGAGAUUCGCUUUUAAAUGGGGUUUUCAGACACACAAGAAGAAACACGCUGCUCCAGAAUCAUCAUAGCUUCAUCAUGUAAUUAUUUUUAGGUUGUCAAAAACACAGUGUUACAGAAAUGUAGUUUUAUGGUUAUAACAAGUAAAAAAAGUUGUCUCUAGGACAGGGAUGCCUAAACCUGCUCCUUGAGGGCCUCUGUCCUGCAGAGUUGAGCUUCAACCAUAAAUAAACACACCUGAUGCAGCUAAUCAAGAGCUGUGUUUAAAAUACUGUCCGAAAUCACCUGCCCCAUUUCAAAUGGCAUCCAAAACCACACUGGAUUUUGAGUAUGCUCAAUCAAUCCCACAGUGCACCGCAAUAAUGAGUGUACAACUGAUGUACACCAACAGCUAGCGAAUACCCAUAAUGCACUGUAAGGGUUGUGCCAAAUUAACUUGUGUGUCUCGCCAGAAGAUGGCACCUGCAACUGAAUCAUCCAUCCAUUUUUCAAAGCACUGGUCCAGUGUGGCUACAGUGUAAUAUCAUACAGCUAUUAAUUCCUUUUUA